AUGUCGUUAACAAUCUUAUGUUUUGGUAUUAUACAUACUAUUUAUUUUACAGUUCGUUUUCAUUAUACAAAAGUAUUAUUAAGUAAUUUUUCAUGCAAUUUAAUAACAUAUCUUCGAGUAAUGAUUACUUUUCAAUUAGCAUUUGCAUUAAUUAUGGUAUCAGUUUAUAUAUUUGGUUAUGUUCUAUAUCAUCAAAAAGCUUUUUUUAAGACAAAAAAAUGGUUUAUACUAUGUAUUGUUUGUCAAUGGAUUAUGGGUAUUGCUUUAGCAACAGUAAUAAUAUCAAAAAAUGAUUCAGUAAGACACAAUUUAGUACCAUAG